AACCUCUUUUAGAUGUAACACACGAAGCAGCAUCGGCGCAUCCUGGCGUGCUUGAACAACGCGCCUGCACGUGGGGCACGGAAGAGUCGAGAAGAAACUGCACGGUGACGAUCAGCGUGCUACUCGAGGUUAUCUUCGGCUUCGUUUACACGAAGACGCGUAGAACGCGGUGAAGUCGCACUUGGCGGUGAUCAUGGCCAAGCAUUUCGUGACGUUAUUGUGGCUGUCGGCGGCGUUGACCGCGACCCUGGCAUUGCCGACUAGCGACAAGGCCAACGGAAGUGAGAACGAUCUGGUGGCGAGCAUAUACACCGAUUGCCUGAAGAAGGAAUCCAUCAGCUGCAUCAAGUACAAAGUAUUUACGUUUGUCGACAAGAUGCUGGCCGACAAAGAAGACAUCACUCUGUCCGAGGGCAUCACCGUCGUCAAAACGUCCAACGCCGAGGGCGAGGGUGCGCCAAGAUCUAUCGAAUCUAACGAUUUGGAUACGCUAUUAUUCGAUCGUCUUGGAAGAUUUCUGAGGACGCAUUCAGUCAAAGUUGACCUCAAAGGCAGCGAUAUUUUAGGAGCGAUUGAGUCUGCUGGACGCGGUUUCGAAGACUUUAAUGACAAUGCUGUCGAGAGUCGUGGAAAAAAAAGUGAAAAAGGCGCAGAAGAUCUUAGGACCACUGAUGAUGGCCAUGGCUUUGAAAGCAGCCGCUCUAUUGCCGUUGGCGCUCGGCGCGAUUGCCAUGAUUGCUGGCAAAGCUCUGCUCGUGGGCAAGAUCGCUCUCGUGAUCUCGGCCAUUAUCGGAUUGAAGAAACUCCUUGGUUCUCAUCAGAAGCACGUGACUUACGAGGUAGUCUCGCAUCCGCAUCACAGUACCAGCCACGUUAGUCAUGACGACCAUGGCGGUUACGGCGGCGGCGGUGACUUCGGCGGCGGCGGCGGCGGCGGUGGUUACGGUAGCAGUGGACACGGAUGGGCCAGGAGUCUGCCGCAAGAUGCCCAUGAAAUUGCCUAUCGCGCUCACCAACCCCAACCACAAGCUUAAUCGUACCAUAGAAAGUUUUCGUCCCGCCUCUCGCUCUUUUCUUCCGUUUUCUUCUGACGAUUCUCUUCCCUUUCAUUACACUCACACCUGCUUCACUCGCCGCAUUCCUCGUUACCUCUUUCCUUUUUCCUUUCUUACCUAAGCUAUAUUACUAUGUACAAUACCUAGUCUAUUUUCUACUUGAGGAAAAUAUGGCGCUACCUAUAGUGUCCGACGCUCGCUAUUUUUAGUUGAAAACCUCUACGAAUCUGCUUCUAUUCUGAUCUCUUAACUUUUAAUUCUUUUCUUUUUUUUCCUCUCUGUCUUUUUUUUUACUCUAUCCUUUACAUGAUGGUCGAUUUAUCCCACGGCCAGUCACCAGUACCUCUGGGAGAUGCUCAUUGUUUUAUAUACGACGUAGAUUUACGUGACUUCGUUAUUUAUUCGUUGUAUCUUAUAUAAUUAAUAUUUAUUUUAUGUUUGACUGCGUGCUUCCAUUAUGAAACCUCCUGUUUUUUGUAAUAAAAAGAACGACAAAUGAGA